GUGGAUAUCACAUUUAGUAGUUUGUUAAAAGCAAAGACAACAAAAUAAUUGAAUACAUUUAAACACAAUACAGAAGUGCUACGUAUUGCCUGCAAACAGAAAGAGUUCCCAAGGAAAGACAAAAGUUCAAGUUCAAUAAAAAGCUGAUAAGAUGAAUGGACGUGACAAUCGCGGUGGCGGCGGCGGCGGUCAUCACCACCAGCCGUUGAGCAGCGCCAUGGGAAAAAUCAAGGACAAAUUAACGCGGGCAGGUGAAGAGCUGGGACUGGGCUAUCAACGCGUGGAGAGCAGCUUGUCCACAUCGAACACCGCCACAAGCUUGGACACAAUACUGCCGGAGGAUCCGUUUCUGUUUCCACAAGCAGCACCACAGCACCACCACCCACAGCAGCAGCAACAGUUACAACCACCGCAACAACAACAGCAACAACAACGUCAGCGCAGCCCCAUACGCUUGUUGCACGACGACGAGCCACCGCUUUCUUUUCGUCCCCUACUCGAGGACGACGACAUCAACGAACCACCACAACUAAGCACCACCGCACAGCGCUCACCAUUGCGUGCCAGUGGCAGUUUGGAGCUCACCCCCCUGCCACCACCACCCACUUCCCUAGAGCCACAUCGCGAUCGUCAGCAGCGCAGCGUCGUGUCUGUGGCUGGUGAGGAUUUGCAGCGCAGCAAACAGUCCCUAAAGGGCUCACGCGUCUCGUUUGAGAAACGGCCGAAGGCGCCUGGAGCCGAUAGUAGCGACGACGAUAGCUUUGAGGACAAACGAAUUGGGUUCCAGCAGCAAAAGGCCACCAGUGUCGACCACAAGGGCAUCCUCAAGGAUCUGAAGCAUAUAUUGGCCAACGACAACCGUCGACAGUUCCAGGCCAAAAAACACGUCUCGCUGGACAUUAAGGGUACACGUUUCUUGCAGGAUUUGCUCAAAGAGUCCUCAUCCGAGGAGGAAUUCCAUAAGACCCGCCGCGAGUUUCAGGGUCGGAAGCAUCAAAGUCUUGACCCACGGGUCACUUUCAAGCUCGACAAAGUAUUACAGGGUUCCAGCACUGAUAGUGACGAGGAAGGCGACGAUGCUGAGCACAAACGCCUGAUACAUCGCCCGAAAGACAUAACCAAGCCAGUCAUCAUCGAUCUGAAGGACUUGGAGAGCGAGAGUGACGAAGAUUUCUUCACAUCGCGACAACACUUUCAGCAGCAGCGCUCCAUUAGCACAGAUUCCCGCAAGAGUCGUAGAAACGAAAUGGAUGAGAAACGCGGGGAGAACAUCCGCCAUGCUGUGCCCUUUGUGCGCCAAAUCACCGAAGAUGGCAAACCUAAGUUGGAGGUCUACAGGCCCACAACGAAUCCAAUCUAUAUAUGGACACAGGUUCUGGCCGCACUAAGUGUCUCCCUUGGCUCAUUAACUGUGGGCUUCUCCUCGGCCUACACCUCACCCGCACUGGUCUCCAUGACAAACACGACUCUGACAUCAUUUGAGGUCACCCCGCAAGCGGCCUCCUGGGUUGGUGGCAUCAUGCCGUUGGCAGGCUUGGCCGGCGGUAUCUCUGGUGGACCAUUCAUUGAAUACCUGGGACGUCGCAACACCAUUCUGGCUACCGCUGUGCCCUUCAUCAUCUCCUGGCUAUUGAUUGCCUGUGCUGUCAAUGUGGCCAUGGUCCUCUGCGGUCGUUUCUUAGCCGGAUUCUGUGUUGGUAUUGCUUCGCUGUCGUUGCCCGUCUAUCUGGGUGAGACCGUGCAGCCGGAAGUUCGCGGCACGCUAGGUCUCUUGCCCACUGCCUUCGGUAACAUUGGCAUUCUUCUUUGCUUUGUGGCGGGCACUUACAUGGAUUGGUCCAUGCUGGCCUUCCUGGGUGGCGCUUUGCCUGUGCCGUUCCUGAUAUUGAUGUUCCUCAUUCCCGAAACCCCACGCUGGUAUGUGUCCCGCGGCCGCGAAGAACGGGCACGCAAGGCACUACACUGGCUGCGCGGUAAAGAGGCUGAUGUGGAGCCGGAGCUAAAGGGUCUGAUGCGUUCUCAGGCCGAUGCCGAUCGCCAGAUGACGCAGAACACGAUGCUGGAGCUGCUAAAGCGCAGUAAUCUCAAGCCAUUGUCCAUCUCUCUGGGUCUGAUGUUCUUCCAGCAACUCAGCGGCAUUAACGCGGUUAUUUUCUACACAGUGUCCAUUUUCAAAGAUGCCGGCUCUACCAUUGAUGGCAAUGUGUGCACCAUUAUUGUUGGUGUGGUCAACUUCAUAGCCACCUUUAUUGCAACGAUUCUGAUUGAUCGUCUGGGCCGAAAGAUUUUACUGUAUAUCUCGGAUGUGGCGAUGGUCAUUACUCUUUUCAUACUGGGUGGCUUCUUUUAUUGCAAGGACAGUGGCAUGGAUAUUUCGAAUGUGGGUUGGUUGCCACUCUCCUGCUUUGUGGUUUACAUAUUGGGCUUCUCCCUGGGCUUCGGACCCAUACCCUGGCUGAUGAUGGGCGAGAUUUUGCCUGCCAGAAUACGUGGUUCGGCUGCUUCUGUUGCCACCGCCUUUAACUGGAGCUGCACUUUUGUGGUCACCAAAACGUUCCAGGAUAUGAUUGAUUUUAUGGGUGCUGCAGGUGCAUUCUGGCUGUUCGGUGCCAUUUGUUUCAUUGGCCUCUUCUUUGUGAUAUUCUAUGUGCCCGAGACACAGGGCAAGACGCUGGAGGAUAUCGAGCGCAAGAUGAUGGGACGUGUGCGUCGCAUGUCCUCGGUGGCCAACAUUAAGCCCUUGUCCUUUAACAUGUAAACAACGUGGUCAUCGUAUCCGAUCAAAAACCAAAUAUUAGAUUAGUGCUCUAGUGCUUAAGUCGUAUAAUAAAAUACGCAGGACAUCCUUUAGAUGAUUAUAUGGCCAGCGCCGAGGUCUUUGCGAACUCCUUCCAAAGUUCAAUUACGUUUCCGUCUCUAAGAUUUGGAAAGAUGUCGAAGUCGUGGCUAAGAUGCUGAUAUUGUUAGUCCAGCUAACUCGUAAUGUUUAGCGACAAGAAUUUCCUUUAUAUUUUUAUGUAUGUAAUUAUUAUAUAUUGUUAUUAAUUGUAUCAUUAAGUACAUAGUUUUAUUAUGUAAAUUAUGAUUUUAGCACUAAUUUGUUGACAUUUGACAUGAUGAUGAUGAUGAAUUUAUCAAUGUAGAAAAAUUACAUGUUUACACUCUAAGAAAUCCAAA